AUUCGGCGUGAGGGAAAGUGGGCGGGGCUUUCCGUUACUCUCUCCGAGCUCUAGCCUGGCUACGGAAGUAGCCGAGGUACAGGACCUCAACACUCUCGUUUAAUCCUCUGAGCACGAGCUAGCGCAGAAAUGCAUGCUCCCUCCUGCUCCCUCAUCACUACCGCUCAGCACGGAUCUCUGAAGAGCUGUUGGGUCUCGCGUGGAAUCUGACAUAGCACCUUUUAAAUGACGGAACCUGAGUAAAAAUGGACCAGGAUGAGUUCGAGGACAUAGAUUCCCAUGGACAGUGGCAAAAUCUGUAUAAUGAAAUCCGUAACCAGUCUCAAGAAUGUUCCUACAAAGUGGCAAAAUUCCCAGAAAAUCGGAACAGGAACAGAUACAGAGACGUCAGCCCGUAUGAUCACAGUCGGGUGCGAUUAGAAAAUUUAGAAAAUGACUACAUAAACGCAAGCUUGAUAACCAUGGAGGAAGCUCAGAGAAACUACAUACUGACACAGGGACCCUUGAUUAAUACUCGUGGUCACUUUUGGUUAAUGAUCUGGGAGCAGCGGUCUAAAGCUGUCAUCAUGCUUAAUAGGGUCAUAGAAAAAGGCUCAGAGAAAUGUGCUCAGUACUGGCCCUCAGAAGAAGAGAAACAAAUGUAUUUCAGUGACACAGGGUUUGUGGUGACUUUAGUGUCUGAAGAUGUUGAACCCUAUUACACAACAAGAGUGCUUGAGCUUCAAAACAUAAAAACAGGAGAGAGAAGAGACAUCUACCACUUUCAUUUUACCACUUGGCCUGACUUUGGUGUGCCCGAGUCCCCUGCAUCUUUCCUCAACUUUUUGUUCAAGGUUCGAGAGUCUGGUUCAUUGGAGCCUGAGAAUGGGCCAGCUGUAGUCCACUGCAGUGCCGGGAUUGGCCGAUCAGGGACAUUCUCAUUGGUUGACACGUGCUUGGUCCUGAUGGAUAAGCGGAAAGACGCUUCAUCUGUAGAUGUACAGAAAGUCCUGUUGGACAUGAGGGAGUAUCGCAUGGGCCUCAUUCAAACCCCAAACCAGCUUCGCUUCUCUUACAUGGCCAUAAUGGAGGGAGCCAAGUGCAUCUUGGGGGACUCUAUUCUGAAGCAGCAAUGGCAAAAGAUGAAAAUGUCUAAAGAGGACAUGGAGCCACAGACUGACCUGGGUCCAGCUGUGCAGGACACUGCAAAACAGCCAGAUGAACUGAUUGCUCUGAUCUCAAAUCUAAGAGAAGAAGAAGAUCAAACAGUGCUGGUAAAGGAAGAGCAGCAAACAGACUUAAAACCAGAGAGCUUGCGAAAGCGACAUCGUGAGGAGCGGAAAGCCAGCACAGCACAGAAGGUCCAGCAGAUGAAGCAGAAACUGAGUGAAGCGGAGAAAAAGAGAGAGAGUUGGCUGUACUGGAGGCCCAUUCUCUUUAACGUAGGUGCUGGAACAGCUCUAGCACUGGGACUGUUCAUGUGCUGGGCUUUUCUCUCCCAGUGACACCUCUAUAAUCAUAUAAACUUUUUAUACUCAGACUUUUUUUUGGUUCAUUGUGAGAUCCAGGUCAGUGUGCUCUCUGAUAAUAAAAGGCUUGAUUUUUUUUGGCAAAGAAAGGCUGCCUAGUAGGACGUUCUGCCUGAUUUCUUGAAUGAAGCAUUUAUACUGCUUUAGAUUGCAUACAAGAGUUCUAGCUUGGCUCUUGAUAAUUUCAGUGUUUAGAAGCUUGGUCCGUUAGCACUACUACAAAAUAUUUUGGCUUCAGAAAGACUGAAGAAAGAUUGUUUUACUGAAAUUUGUUUUAGUAAAUCACUCUGUGAACUUUGGAUGCAUUUGGGUGUCACUCACCAUUGUAAGAUAUCCCUGUCAGUUUGUCAUAUUUUGUACAUGCUCCUUAUGUUCUCACAUCUCAGGAGGUAUCGUUAGUAAAUGGAAUAUAAAAGAUGCCACCAAAUUUAACAGGUGGAUCCUGUUCAAUUUUGAAUAGUGAUGUAUAUAUUAAAGACUUUUGCUGAAGAAAGAAAAUGUCUGUUGUUUUAAGGGGAUACUGAGUGUACACAACAGAUGAGAGCCAGUUAGAGGAAAAAGACAGGCAUACAAGUAUUAGUAAAUAACACUGAGAUGUUAAAAAAAAAAAAAUCCCAGCAACACUGUUGAGAUGGGCAUCCAUAUUUAUUCACAUUCAGUGAGACAAAAGCACCCGUUUAAUUUUUUCCAUUAUUAAUAUAAACUUAUGGAGAACUUUAUUAGGAACACUAUGCUAAUACUGAGUAGGGCUUCCCUUUGCUCUCAAAACAGCCUCAGUUGUUUGUGACAUGGAUUCCGCAAGACAUUGGAAACAUUCCUUUGAGAUUCUGGUCCAUGUUGAAAUGAUUGCAUCACACAAUUCCUGCAGAUUUUUCAGGUGCACUUUCAUGCUCCCGUUCUACCACAUCCCAAAGGUGUUCUAUUGGAUUCAGAUCUGGUGACUGGGAAGGACACUGAAGAACAUUGAACUCAUUGUCAUGUUCAUGAAACCAGUUUGAGAUGACUUUUGCUUUGUGACAUGGUACAUUAUCAUGCUGGAAGUAGCCAUUAGAAGAUGGGUAAAUUAUGGCCAUGAAGGGAUGCACGUGGUCAGCAACAAUACUCCAACAGGAUGUGGCAAUCAAGCGAUGAGUGAUUGGUAUUAACAGGCCCAAAGUGUGCCAAGAAAACAUUCCCCACACCAUUACACCACCUCCACCAGCCUGGACUGUUGACACAAGGCAGGUUGGGUCCAUGGACUCAUGCUGUUGGUGCCAAAUUCUGACCCUAAAAUCUGUGUGUGUACAGGUGUUCCUAAUAAAGUGCUCAGUGAGUGUAUAACCUACACAUUUUGACUAUUUCUGUUGUGAUAAUGAAGGAACAUCUAGAACACUAGAUAUCAGAUUAAUUAGUAUUCAUUUUGGCAUAAGGGUAGUUUUUCCACCCAUUUGUACCAAUAUAAACAAAUCUAAACUAAACUAGAAGCAAUAUUGUUAACACAUUAAGUAUACAAUUACAAGCUUUAGCCCUCCUGUUAUUAUGUUAUUUGUCAGCCCCAUCUAAUCUAUCCAUAAAUGCAAAGGAUGAACUGCUAGGAAGAUAUUCUUUGGAUGGUGAUUUUUUAAUUUUUUAAUUUAUUUUUUUUCUUAGCACAGAAGUGACAUAGAAAUGGCAGUGACAUCUUAAUGGAUGUGAUUUUGGCUAACAUUUCUUAUUAUAAGAUUACAGUGAACCAAAUAUAAGAUCAUUAAACCUAUUUCUGGACAUUAUUACUCAUUUC